CAGUCUCGGAAAAAUUCGGACAAUGGCCGCUCUCAAUCUCAAAAGUGCGCACCUCGCUGCCUUCCUUCCUCAUGAGCUCAACCAUAGACCUCUGGUAAUCCAAAGGGACCGUCAUAUCCCGCAUAGCCAAGAUAUAACAUGUGGGGAUCCCCCUCCACGCCGCCCUGGAGAUUUUAUCGUACAUGCCCUGGCCGUUCCAGCGCACAAAAGUGGCAAUUCAAAGGCAAGCGGCAUUAGAUCUCCGUGGCCGAACUCCUCGACCUUGUCGAUCAUGGACCAGCCAGCGUCCAGGGCGAACGCCGUCAUGUAGAUGAGCUGGGAAACGCGGCCGCCGGCCUCUGUAGGCGUGCCCAGGCCCUCGAGGGCGUUGGUGCCUACUUGUCCGCCGUACGAAUGCAUCAGAGCGGCGACGACGGUGCCUUUGUUGACUAGAUCCUGGACGAACUCGCGCAUGAAGGUUGAAUCGGCUUCUAGGCUGGCGGUUGGUGGACGGAUCUGGGCUGUAGAGGGUAGACGCGGGACUAGGACUUUGAAGCCUUGUUUCUCCAACGCGCCGGUCAAUUUGGCGUACGACUCGGGCACGUGCCAGGCGCCUGAGAUGAUGACAAUGGUGGGUUUUUCUUCAGCCAUUGGGGGCGAUGUAUACAGGACAGAUAGGAAAACAAGUGCUAGGAGCAGCAGCGGUGGACGGCGGGGAGGCAACAUCUUAUAAAGUCCAUU